AACUAUUUGCAUGGCAGCAGUCGUACUCUUCAUCGAGGUCAACAAAAAAUGAAAUGAAAACUACUGUUUUAAGAAUGUUGCAGUCGGUAGAUUUUGAAGUUUUUGGUCGAGUACAAGGUGUAUUUUUCAGAAAGUUUACGAGAGAAAAAGGGAAGCAGCUAGGUUUAAAAGGAUGGUGUAUGAAUACUUCUAGUGGAACUGUCUUAGGAACAAUGCAAGGGCCAGAAGAAAAAAUUAUAGAAAUGUAUGUAUACUUCUCUGUAAUAGGGAAGAUUUCCGUAUCAUGAUCUACUCAAAAAUUA